AUGCCGUCAAAUUACGAUACCAAUGUCUCUGCCGGACAGAGAAUCAGCCUGAGCCACGAACCCUCCUCUGUGAACGCCAUCGAUCGAGUUCAGUUUGUCCAGUUCUGUAUCCAAUACGCCAGUAUAACGCUAGUGUUCUAUGAUUAUCUAUUAACUUGGACAAGGGAGGUCAAAUACAUCUGGCGCAAAAAAUUUACACUUUCCACUGCCCUAUACAUUGCGUGUCGCUACUCCAUGAUUUCAAACGUUCUUUUCGUCUUUGCACGAGCUGGAAAGCUGGCACCAGCCAUCAGUUGCGAUGCUGGUUAUCAAAUCUGCUGCUCAUUUAGUGUCCUGGGUAGGGCGGCGGUCCUAAUUGUCCUGGGAGCCAGGACGUAUGCAAUAUUUGACCGCAAAAAGUGGAUUCUGGUCAUUUUUGUGCCACUUGGAACGUCCAUUGUGGUAAUAGACGCUAUGCACAUUAAAUAUGUUGUCUGUGUCGGAAGUCCAAAAAAUGGCUCACCUGAAGAGUUUAUGGCAAUUUCCGUUGUCGUGUAUGAGGUACUCGCCGCGAUCUUUACCGUCUUCCGAGGUUGGCAAGCGUUACGUAUCCGCGUUGAUAUCACAUCUGGGAAGGAUAGGCUAGAAUACCUCGUCGUGCAGCAGGGUAAGUGUACAUACUGUUUUGUUUCGCUGUUCACGAUGUCAACUCUGAUUAUGCUCCACGUCGCGCCUAGUGGAUCCUUCCUCCAGCGUCUUUUCAAUGCCCUCACUCUUCCGGUAUCGGGAAUGAUGACAGCCCGUUUCAUCCUCCAUCUACGCGAAUGGGAACACAGUCGUACAAUGGCAUCGAUGGGUACCGCCAUCGACAGUAUUGAGUUUCAAAUCCCUAGGCUCUCCACAGUAGCACAUGCCUCUGUGUGCUCGGAGCGUACAAGCGAAAGCUCAUCUCUGGACGAAGAAAGGGAGGACGACAUAGCGGAGGUACCCAGGAGUAGUAGAACCAGUCUAUAUAGCGAUGGCGGUUCCAGAGGUGUGAUCGACGAAUUUGGGCGGUGUCUCGUCCGUCAGGCUAAGAUUGAGAGGAAAAACAUUCCAAGUGACAUCGAGGAGGUUUGA